AUGGAUGAUCAAAAACCUUAUUUAAUCUUGGAGCAUCUUCAUACAUAAAAUCCAGUCUUAAGUUUCAAAUACAAAACUUCAUCAUAAAAUGAUAAAAUUGGGAUCUUUCAAAUUAAAAUUAAAUAUCCAUCCAAAAAUAAUCAGGAAAAUUCUAAUAAAUGA